AUGAAUCUCGAGAAACACUUGCCACAAAAGUGGCGUCACUCCAAAUGGCUCUGGAUCCUUUUGGCCAUCAUUGCCAUUAUCAUCAUCAUUGUCAUCGUCGUCCCUCUGGCCGUCCUCCUUCCGCGGAACAAUCGCCACCACAAGCACCUCAGCACAUCCGUCCUGCUGCCGCUCUACAUCUACCCGACCAACUCGUCGACGUGGUCUCCUCUAUAUGAAGCCUUGACUAAUAAUCCCGUUCUCAACUUCACCAUCGUCAUUAACCCCAAGAGCGGUCCCGGCUCUGGAAACAUUCCCGAUGACAACUAUGUGGCCGGCGUGAAGCGUCUCAACUCGUUUGCCAACGUCCGCACCGUCGGCUACGUCCGCACCGGCUAUGCCAGCCGCAACAUCUCAGACGUCGUCGACGAGGUCAACAUCUACUCCGGUUGGUAUACCAACAACAGCGACAUCGCCAUGCACGGCAUCUUCUUCGACGAGGCGCCGCACCAGUACACCGCCGACGCGGUUGACUUCAUGGUCACGGCCGACGCCGCGGUCAAAAACGCCACCGGCCUGCGGGGCUCCAAGACGAUCAUCCACAACCCUGGCACUGUUCCCGAUGCGGAAUUCAAUGUUACCAGCCCUGACAUUACUGUCAUUUUCGAGGACGACUUCAGCGCUUGGAGCGUGAAAGAAACCACGGUCAAAGCCUUGUAUGAGACAUAUUCCACUCGGUCGGCGUACAGCAUCAUGGUCAAUAGUUUACCCGUUAUGGGUAACAACACGCUCAGCGGUCUUCUAAGCACUCUCUCCCGGUUUGCUGAGCAUUUAUUCGUCACCGACCUAACGGCCGACUACUACGAGGCCUUCUCGGAUGACUGGCUCCAAUUCACCGAACAGAUGCCUCUUGGCACCAACUAG